AUGGCAACCAAUGAUGCUGUUUUGAAGAGACUGGAACAGAAAGGUGCAGAGGCAGAUCAAAUUAUUGAAUAUCUUAAACAGCAAGUUGCUCUUCUUAAGGAAAAAGCAAUUUUGCAAUCAACUUUGAGAGAAGAGAAGAAACUUAGAGUUGAAAAUGCUAAAUUGAAGAAAGAAAUUGAAGAAUUGAAGCAAGAGCUAAUUCAAGCAGAAAUUAAAAAUGGAGUGAAACAAAUACCAUUUCCAUCUGGUACUUCCCUGCAAGCUAAUUCCACGGUUUCUGAAAGUGUAAUCCAAUUUAUGCCAAUCACACCCAUAUCUUCUGGUGCCAAAGAACAAGUAAAAGGAGGAGAAGGAGAAGAAAAGAAGGUGAAAGAGAAACUUGAAAAGAAAGGAGAGAAAAAGGAAAAGAAACAACAAUCAGCAGGAAGUGCUGACUCUAAACCAAUAGAUGUUUCCCGUCUGGAUCUUCGAAUUGGUUGUAUCGUCACUGCUAAAAAACAUCCUGAUGCAGAUUCUUUGUAUGUAGAAGAAGUAGAUGUUGGAGAAGCCGUCCCAAGAACAGUUGUCAGUGGCCUGGUGAACCAUGUUCCUCUUGACCAGAUGCAAAAUCGGAUGGUGAUUUUACUUUGUAACCUAAAACCUGCAAAGAUGAGGGGAAUACUAUCUCAAGCAAUGGUGAUGUGUGCUAGUUCACCAGAGAAAGUUGAAAUCUUGGCACCUCCUAUCGGGUCUGUUCCUGGAGAUAGAAUUACUUUUGAUGCUUUUCCUGGAGAGCCUGACAAGGAACUGAAUCCUAAGAAGAAGAUUUGGGAGCAGAUCCAGCCUGAUCUUUACACCAAUGAUGAGUGUGUGGCUACAUAUAAAGGAGCUCCAUUUGAGGUUAAAGGGAAGGGAGUGUGUAGGGCUCAAACUAUGGCCAACAGUGGAAUAAAAUAA